AUGACUAAUACUAAAUCAAAGUUAUCAUUGGCUAUUCAACAGGCAGAGAUACAACAACAUCAGAAUCCACCUCCUGCUAAUAUAAAUGAUCUUCAUCUUCAUCACCAUAACAAUAAUAAUAAUACACCAACAUCUUCUACCACUACCACUACAACAACAACAGCAACAGCCACAUCUAAUAAACGAAAAGCAUCUGGUUCUUCAGUAGUAUCAUUCAAUUUAAACCAUAAGGAUGAUCCACCAACAUUCACUCCACCAACACAAUUAUUACCUAAUUUAAUUCAACAUGGUUUCCCAUCAGUUUCAACUACUCCAUCUCAAGCUAAACAUUUUAAACCGGAAUUAUCCCCCUUAACUACUCAAUUCAAUGGAGAAGAAGAUGAAGGACCAGAAGAACAACAAUUGGAAAUCCAUGCCACUGGAAAAGGAAUCCAUCCCACUAAUGAAAUAAUUAAAGAUGAAUAUGAUGAUUCCGAUGAAGAUGAUGAAGAAGAAGUUAAUCAUGCAGAAGAAGAAGAUUUAAAAGAUUAUGUACCUGGAGGUUAUCAUCCUUGUUAUAUUGGGGAAGAAUAUAAAGAUGGUAAAUAUACAUUAGUUCGAAAAUUAGGUUGGGGACAUUUUUCAACUGUUUGGUUAGCUCGCGAUAAUGAUAAAAAUCAUCAUGUUGCAAUGAAAAUUGUUCGAUCAGCAAAACAUUAUACUGAAACGGCAAUUGAUGAAAUUAAAUUAUUAGAUAAAGUUACAACUACCGAUAUUCAUCAUCCUGGUCAUCAACAUGUAAUUCAAUUAUUAGAUACUUUCACUCAUAAAGGUCCAAAUGGUAUUCAUGUAGUUAUGGUAUUUGAAGUAUUGGGAGAAAAUUUAUUAGGAUUAAUUAGACGUUAUAAACAUAGAGGUAUACCCAUCAUGUUUGUUAAACAAAUUGCUAAACAAUUAUUAUCAGCUUUAGAUUUCUUACAUCGAAAAUGUGGAGUUAUUCAUACUGAUUUAAAACCAGAAAAUAUCUUAAUUGAAAUUGGUGAUGUUGAAGCAAUUGUAAGAAUUGUUGAACAAGAAGAUUUACGGAAAAAAUUACAACGGAAAUUACUGAAAAUCAAUAAUAGUAAUAGUAGAACAUCAACCCCCAAUGGAUCAUUUUAUGAUAUGGGUAAAUUAUCAAGUCCAUCAAAUACAAUCCCCAUGUCUCCUUCAUUAGGUAGAAAUGGAAGAAGAUCAAGAAGAACAACUUCCUUCAUCACCGGUUCACAACCAUUACCUUCCCCCUUGAGAAGUUUUAAUAAAUCAUUUACAAAUGUAUAUGGAUUAAGUUCAACCACAUCAAAUACACCAAUUCAAGCCACGGGAUUAAUUGGAUCUAUAAGUGACUCAUCAGGGGGCAUUCCAUUACGACAUACUACUACUGAAGAAGAAAGUGAAGAAGAUGAAUCUAUACAAGCAUCAAACUCAUUAUCCUCAAUGUCAAUAUCUAAUGGAACAUUAGGCGGCAGCGGCGUUGCAGCGACAACAACUACCAAUGUCGAUCCAGUCCGAAUCCCACAAGAACACAACAAUUACCCCUUCGCCAACACCAACACCUCCAAUAGUAACAACCCAACAUCCCAUUCCGUUGUCGGAAACGGUCUCAUCCCGAAUCCAGAACCAACGAAUGCCGACAUCAAUGAAGACGAAUUAAUAUCGGUAAAAAUCGCCGAUUUGGGAAAUGCAUGCUGGACCAACCAUCAUUUCACCGACGAGAUCCAAACUCGCCAAUAUCGCUCUCCGGAAGUCUUGAUUGGAUAUCAUUGGGGUGCAAGUGCCGAUAUUUGGUCAUUUGCCUGUUUGGUAUUUGAACUAUUAACGGGGGAUUAUUUAUUUGAUCCAAGGGAUGGGAAAACAUACACUAAGGAUGAUGAUCAUAUUGCUCAGAUUAUUGAAUUGAUUGGACCAUUUCCGAGAUUUAUGAUGAAUGAAUCUUAUUAUGCUCGGGAUUUUUUCAAUCCCAGGGGGGAAUUGUAUCGAAUUGCGAAAUUGAAACCUUGGGCUUUGAAAGAUGUCCUAAAAGAGAAAUAUAAAUUCUCGAAUGAUGAUGCAUUGGAGAUUGCCGAUUUUUUGAGUCCCAUGUUAAAGAUCGUGCCGGAAGAAAGGGCGGAUGCUGGGGGGAUGUUGAAUCAUAGAUGGUUAUCGGAUGCUUUGGGGUUGGAGAAUGUGGUGCUUGAACGACCAGUGGGGGGGUCGGGGGAGGAUAUACCUGGUUGGUCGAGGGAGAUUGGGAAUCAUCAUGGUCAUCAUCGUAGUCCACCUGGGAUGCCGGUGGGUGGGGAUCCUAAUAUUACCAAGUAUUUCUAUCAUUAA